UCCUAAUUUCCCACCUGACAAUCCCAUUCAAUGGCUGACGAAGAUUACUCUCCCGCUACUACCCCCUCUGGCUCGCCGCUGGCUGGCCUCGAAAUCUCCAUUGCCGAUGCUGAGAAGCGCAAGAAGUCUGGCGAAAUUCUCUCGGACCCCUUCAUUGCCUACAACAUCAUCUCUAAGUCCAAGCAGAACGUGCCCGGGUUUGGAAGCUCCGAGUACUACGUGUGGCGCCGCUACUCUGAGUUUGAGCUCCUUCGCAACUACCUGUACAUGCAGUACCCCACCGUUGUUCUUCCUCCCAUGCCUCCCAAGCGCGGCAACGCCGGCUGGACCAAGAUUGUCGACCACUUUGACCCCGAGUUUAUCGAAGUUCGCCGUGUUGCCCUUCAAAGCUUCCUUCGUCGCGCUGCCCAGCACCCCCAGCUUGCUGCUGACGAGACCUUCCACGCCUUCCUCCAACAGGAAGCUUGGAGCACGUCGAGCGCCCAGCUGGCCGACCGCGUCGAGGAGAAGAUGAAGCAGCUGAGCGCCUCGCUCAAGCUCAAGACCCAGGACAACCGAUUCUUGGAUGUCAAGAACUACGCCGACAACCUCAACGCCAACCUCUCCGCCCUUGUCAAGGUGCAGGAGCGCCUGUCCAAGAACAUGGCCGACAUGUACGAAUCGUACGGCCAAACCGGCCCCGUCUUCAGCGACUGGGCUGUCAUUGAGAAGGACAUUGGUGACGUUCUGCAAUCGACCGGCCACUUUAUGGACAGCCUGGCCCCCUCUGUGAACGAAAAGCUUCACGCCGAGGAGGAUCAGUUCACUGCCGUUCUUCGCGAAUACACGCUCUUUGGCGAUUCGCUCCGCACGCUCGUCAAGCGCCAAGAGCAAAAGCAGUACGACCUUGAAAAGGCGGAGGACUCUCUGGCCUCGAAGGUGUCUUCGCUCGAGCAGUUGCAAGGCGUCACUGCCACUGGCGAGCCUGCCCCUGCUGGCGGCAAGUUCUCGUUCAAGAAGAUUUCCUCAAAGAUGUUUGGCCCCGACACCCCCGAGGUUCGCGAGGAGAAGAUCCGAGCGCUCGAGCAGCAAAUCGAAGAGGGCAAGGGUCAAGUCCAAAUCGCUCAGCAGGAGCUCAGCACUUUCUGCGAAGACGCUCUUCGCGACGUCGAGCGCUUCCAUAAGACCAAGGUCGCCGAUUUCAAGCGCGUGCUUGUGCAGUACGCCAAGACUCAAAUCAGCUUCUACAAGAAGGGUCUGCAGUCGUGGGAAAACAUGCGAACGGUCGUCAACGGCAUGUAAACAAAGCGCCACCUUCCCGCGCGCGUAGAUUCAUGUGUUGAUGUAUUACUUUUUUUUUGCUUCUUGUGUAGUUGCCUGACGAGUACUGUCCCUCACUCCUCCCAAGUGGGACUGUGCGCGUGUGGUUGGAUUCGGUGGGGUGGUGGAAUUUGUUGAUUUUUGUCUUGUUUUCGUGCCGCAGCCAUUUGCAUUGUUUUCAAAUUACACAAAUUUUGUUUGAUAAUAGACAGAGUGUUUCGUCAAC